AUGUCCAAAAGACUGGGGGACAGUCUAGAGCUGAAAAAGCUCGUCACAUACAAACGAAAGAAAAAGAGGAAUAUUCCAUACAUUCACAAUUCACUCACGCUGAAACCUGACAAAAGGGCCAGCGACGAUGAAGACACACUUAUAGAUAUCCGUUUGGCCCUGCCCAACAAACAUACGCCUUCAAGAAGCAAACCAAACUUUGAGGAUUUGGAUAAGCUCAUAGACAAAGAGAGGCUGAAAUCUGGGAGCCCGAGACCUGUGGAAACGACGUACUCUUCGCUACCGACCAGCAUUUUGGAGGGGAACCUCGAUUUGGAACAACCAACCUUGGACAGGUACAAGAAGCGCAAGUUUCCUCUACCGACAUCACGAAGGGCCCUCAAGGCUCGUGUAGAGAAGCUUCUACCUACUAUUCCAAAGCUACUUGCUGGAGAAGAGGAAUUGAGCUUCUACUACACUUUAGCUCUCGACCAGCGCAAGAAGCUGCCUCAUAAGACAAUGACGUCGCUGGAGCAAGACAAGAUCGAGUGGAAACGGUUUAUUGGAGGUUUCUACGGUCUUAAGCGGCAGCACUUUGUGGCAAGAUUGAUUUUGACCACAUUUGGCGACGAGCUUAGGAAACUGCCCAACAAGACGAUAGUGUACUGGACCCCAGAAUCGUUUGCAACGUACGUUUUGGCCAACGAAAUUCUUUUGAGGAUUUUGGCGGCAGACGAAGGCUUACUGUUCGCCGAAGCAGAGCGAUUCAUGAAGGAUACUAUCGACUAUGGUUGCUACGCAGCCGAUGGUGUAGAGUUCAAAGAUGAUAUUGAGUUGGGAGAUGUCUUGGGCAUGCUGGAGAAGACGGAGGAGAAGGAUAAGAAGGAGAAGACGGAGAAGAAGGAGAAGAAGGAGGAGAAGGAGAACAGUGAGAAGAAUGGCUGGGAGAAGCAAAAGAAGAAGUAG